CACUAACAUUAGAUCAAAACAAGGAGGCAAAGCUUUUCGGUGGGUGAUGGCACAUCCCUCCUAUGUUCCCCCUUUAGCUCCGCCCCUGGAUCAGGCCAAUAAACUAAAAAUAAGACUGAAACCACAGCAAGUUUCUAAACUUCCAAAAGGUAAAUAUAUUUAAUGAACUUGUCCAUACCUUCUAAAGAGUUGUAACGCUGUUAUCGAUUUGCAGUUUAUGCAAUUAUCCAAUAAUACUUGUUUCCUAGUAAAUCUAAAGCUCUCUGCAUCAUAUUAUCACCUUAUUGACACUUUUAUUUGUUUCAUUGUUUCAGUUUGAUGGAGGUUUGUGGGUAAAGACAACAACAUGGAUGAGAAGUCUGAGAGUUUAUCAGAAAUCUUAGACAACAAGCUGAACGAGGAGCCCAAAGUGUCUCCAGCAGCUCCUGCCCCAGAACCAAAGCACUGCAGUGUCAUGGAUGAUGAAAGUCCUGAAAAUGUCUUUGUGAUUCCACCUCUUCCUCCUCUGACCUGCCUGGAGCCGCCAGCAGAGGGAGGCAAAGAGAUGACAGCCAGCCGCUCUAGCGUGACCCUCUCCCAUGGAGAAGCUGACCCCGCAGAUGCUGAGGCUAAUCCGAGCGGCUUAGACUGGCACCGUGGUGAGGAGCACUUAACGACAACACGGAAGGAGCUGGAUGAGGCAACGGCAGGUACAGCGCAGCCUUCAAAGGAAAGCGCCAUACCGCUCACUGAGAAGGACUUUGAACCACCAUCUCAACAAGACCCCACAGGUAUGGACGGAACCGCUCUGACAGAAGCGAGCAAGGAUAACACCAUGAUCUGUAGUCUGGAUUACAAAAGCGGAGACGCAGAAUCAGAUCCAACAGCUAAAGAUUUUGCAACGUUGAAAGCAGAGAUGGAUGCAGAAAGAAAGUCAAAAAACCUGGAAAAUGACCAAAACCAGGAUUUUUCUUGUUCCGAAGAGAGAAGCGUCCAGCUAUCCAGGGAUUAUUUAGAUAGUGAGGUUGAGAAAGCAAACGCCCCGUCGCUUACAUCGGAGGAAAACACGAUAGCAGCCAAUCAGCGCCCGGCGUCUGAGUUGGCAGCAUCCAAUGACAGUGGGGGACAUGUUGACCGCAGAUCUUGGGAUUACCAUCAAACCCAGUCGGAUUGGGUCAGGAGAGAGAGCGGCAACAGUGAAGAACAACUUUCCCUUUCCAUCGAUUCUGAAGAAAUGGUGGAGCAGAUAGAUGGAAGCCGGAGAAUUUCUGACAUCCAGCAAGGAGAGCAGCUGCUGCAGCGCCUACAAAUGGUCCAACUGCGACACGAUGAGAACCUGGAGAGCCGCCAGCAGGUCCUCACGGGGGCGAGAGGCGAGGAAGAAGGUGGCGAUGAAGGUUUAGAAAGAGGGAAUGUGGCCGAUGAUGAUGAUGGCAAACAGGAUAAAAUAAGUAUAAACUCGACUGAGAAUGAAAAAUCUGAGGAAGACCCAACUGACGUUAAAGGGAGAACAUCUUCAUCCACGAUUCUUGGGCAGCCAGAACACCAGAAGGUGACCACGAAAGACAGCGACUCGGACGAGGACCAGAAUGACUGCCCCCCACCCUCUGAUUCAUUCAUGAAACCACCCUGUAAAGAGCUUCCCUUUACUGGACACAGAUUCUCCGCAGUGGAGACCACGAUAGAGAAGCAGAUCCACGAGGUGGCCCAAGGGAAGCAGAACCUGCAGCGAGCUGGGGGGGUUUUCAACCUGGCAGGGGAUCCGGAUGUGCUGGAGAUUCCCUUUAAAAGCAACGUUUCACUGGAGUCGCUCCUUCACAGCGCGUGCACCGGUCACAACAGUCAGUGGCAGUUCUCUGAAACAAGGAUGCAGAAGGACAUCAGUCAGGACAUUCAGAGGGAAAUGGCACUGGUCAAUUUGGGGAAGAUCCCAGGGGGGUACAGUAAAGGGGAGGCUCGUCAGCUGAAGGAGACCAAACUGCUUUUUGAAGCCUUCCAGCAGGACAACACCGAAGGCCCCACGAGAAACCGGAAGCCCCGUGCCACGGCGGUGAAGGGGCAGGUCUACCCGUCCGUCCUGGAGCGCACGCGGAGCCUGGAGAGGUUUUCUCUGCAGAGCUGCCCCGCCAUCGCCAGAACUCAGUCUCUGCGGCUGCAAAACCCUGCAGUCGCUGCAGAGGAGAAAAGCCUGGAAGGCGUCAGGUCGAGAAGCCCAACCGGAGGUCUUCAAGAUAAAACCCGGUUAUCCCCCUACCUGAAGCAAGACAAGCCUCUGCGCCUGCACAGAAGCAUGGAGUCCAUAUGCAGCAGAUCCCAAACGGCUGCGGAGGCCAGAGGCAAACCGCUGGACAGAAGUCAGGAUUCUCUGCUCCUCAAACACAACCCCUUCUUUAAGCUGCGCCCCGCUCUGGCUCUGCAACCAGAAGUGGAGAAAGACAUCCGGGAGGCCAAGGAGAGGGAAGAGGAGCUGAGGCGGCAGAGAUGCACUCUGUAUGGAGAGAACAGACAGAACAGUGAGGAGGAAGGGACGUCCCUCUCUGCAAAGUCACACAUUUCAGGCGAGCGGCAAAAGUCAUGGGGGAAGCUGGAACGGGUCUGGCCCCCACCAUCCCAGAAGAAAUCUGACCAUCCACAGGUGAGACAACAACCCGUUCCUCAUGACAACAGAUUAUUUUUCAUAAAGCAUCCACAGACAUUGGUUGAUUAUUUUGUGUGUCUGUCACAAAACCCCAGAGGAAGACACGGAUAAAACAGUUGUUCUUUAGUAUUUCUUGGAUAAGCGCUAAUGAUUGUGUGUCAAACUGAGAGGAUCAAGAAUCCGGAGCUAAUCUCCUGCGCUCUAAAUCCCGGCUUUUUCUGUGUCUGCAGGAGUCAAAAGUUCACAGAGCGGGGAGUCAGAAGGCUUCUCUGUGGCAGCGCUGGGAGUCCGGCCAGAUCAACGGGCAGACGCUGAAAAGUGACAAAAAGUGACUUAUGGACCAAAUACAAGUCAGAAAGCAGGUUCAACGCAACAUCAGAGCUACAGCAUGAGCCGAAAAGAAACUGCAAUCAGAAUAGAUACAUUUUACAUUUCUCUAGUCUCCUCUCUGCUUCUAUCAAGAAUAAUUUUCCUUUUUUAUGCAUUAGAACCAUCUUGUAUUCAAUGAUUUCAUCUCUACCUGGUGUUUUUACAAGUCAGUGUUCAAAGUGAUUCAAAUUAUUAGUAAUAAAUGUUCCCACAGUGAGAGAUUUUGCAGUUCUUUUUUUUCUUUUACAAUAUUUUCAAUUUAUUUUAGUUUAUCUAAAUUUUAGUAAUGACCAACAGACAACACUUUUAAAGUCUCAUUUAUUGAGGUCAACAGAGAGAAAAGUUGAUAACGUAGCAGUAAAAGUUCCUUCUGUGACAGAAAUACUUCAGAGGUGAACGUUGA